GCCGGAAGUGGGGCUCUGAGGUACGGGUGUUGCUGGAGUAGUCGUGGUGGCGCGGGGAUCCGGGGUCUGGUGUUGCGGCGCCCGCGUUCGCCAGGCUCAGGCUGUUUCUGAUGCUUGGAAGCUACCCUUUCAGCCACAAAGAUGGUCAUCAAUCUUUGCCUCCCACAGUUCAGACCAAGAAUUUAUUGCAACAAGAUAUCAGCUGAUGGUUACGAAGUAGAAAAUCUCAUCUCUGAAGACCUCACAAAGAGAAGUCGUGGUUUUAGGACAGAAUAUUUCAUUAAGCCACCAGUCUAUGUGACAGUUUCCUUUCCCUUCAGUGUGGAAAUCUGUAGGAUUAACAUAGACCUCGCGGUGGGGGGAGGCCAGAAUGUCACAGGCCUGGAAAUGUACACAUCUGCCUCGUCUGGCAGAGCAUCCUGGAAUGCCCCCGAGUGCCGGACCCCGGGCCUGGCCGAGCCAUCCAUCCCAGACAAGGAGGCAUUCACCUUGGUAGGCAAAGUCUUACUGAAAAACCAGAGCCAAGUGGUGUUUAGCCACAGGGGCUUCAAGGCCAGGCCACCUUUUGGCCCAAUGGAAGCCACACUCCCCUCUCCCGCUGUCGUGACACAGGAGCUCUGGAAUAAAGGGGGCCUUUCUCUUAGCCACGUGGCCCAUCUCAAGAUCUGUAUCACCCACGUGACAGGCAGCGGUAUCCCUUGCAUCAGACGAUUAGAAGUGUGGGGCCAGCCGGCUAAAACCUGCUCUCAGGAGGUGAUAGACAGCAUCAUGCUGCUGGCCUCUGAGAGUCUCCCUCAGGACCUGGCUCUGCAGGCCCCAGCCUUGCCCAUGGAGAGUGACUGUGAUCCUGGAGGCCUGUCUGAGGGCCAGCAGGCCCCCUCUAGCCUGCAGGAGCUCGCUGAGGUGAUCCGGGAUGUGCCCGAGGAGUUCCUGGAUCCCAUCACCCUGGAGAUCAUGCCUUGCCCCAUGCUGCUGCCCUCAGGCAAGGUCAUUGACCAGAGCACGCUGGAGAAGUGUAACCGCAGCGAAGCCGUGUGGGGCCGUGUGCCCAGCGACCCUUUCACAGGGGUAGCCUUUACCCCACAUUCUCAGCCCCUGCCUCACCCCUCCCUGAAGGCCCGGAUCGACCAUUUUCUGCUCCAGCACUCCAUCCCUGGCUGCCAUCUGCUUGGGAGAGCACAGACUGCAUUGGCGGUGACACCGUCUUCCAUUGCUCUGCCCUCUCGGAAGAGGAGGAUGGAGCAGGCCGAACGCACCCCAGACGGGAGCCUCGGUAUCAACACUUCCUGUUUUUCUACCACAAGCCUUCUGGUCUCACCCACUACCUCAGAGCACACUGCUAAGAAAAUGAAAGCUGCCAGUGAGCUGGGCCUGACACACAUGGACUGCUCCACAGGUCCAGUGUCCCAUGAGCAGAAGCUGUCACAAAGCUUGGAAGUUGCCUUGACGUCGACCCUUGGCUCCAUGCCCUCCUUCACAGCUCGGCUGACCAGGGGGCAGCUCCAGCACCUGGGCACAAGAGAAAGCAGCACCUCCUGGAGGCCAGGCUCCUGCUCGGAGCAGCCUGGGAGCGUCCCAGGCCCCGAGUGCGCCUCCUGCAAAAGAGUGUUUUCUCCCUACUUCAAAAAGGAGCCAGUGUACCAGCUUCCCUGUGGCCACCUCCUAUGCCGGCCAUGCCUGGGUGAGAAGCAGCGCUCCCUGCCCAUGGCCUGCACAGCCUGCCAGCAACCAUUUGCCAGCCAGGACGUGCUGCGGGUCCACUUCUGAGUGAUCAGCCUCAGCCUGAGAAGACCCACCGAGGGGAGUCACUGAGGGAAUGGGGUCAAGAAUCCCUGAGGUCUGGCCAGGUCCCAAGCACAGAGGGGCCCUUUCUUCCCCAGGGGCUUUCCCUUUGUCUCCUUCCACAGUGUAGCACCCAGGCCAGGGCCAGAGUGCAGGGUAGGAGGGAGCACUCUUCUCCUGCUCAAGUGGCAAUAGGAUAACAAAGCCAUAGUUUGGGCUGGGAGGGAUGGGGGACCUAUCCCUGCCUUCCUGAGCCUCCCUGUCACCCCCCACCCCCGCCAGAGCCCAGGGGCUGUGAGAGUCAGCCGGGGCCCCCCACAUUGCCCACACACACACCCCGGCCCUGCAGGGUGGGUGUGAGUGGAGCACAACAGACCGUGGCUCAGGAUCUCGAAGAUAGCCUCUGCUUUCGGUGUCACCCGGGAGUGCUCGGUGGCGGGGGUCUCAGUGAAUGACUCAGCCCCCGACUGGCAGACCACUCCGAGCCUUAAUAAAGCGAUGGUUGACGUCUGUCCA